UCUAAGGCUGUAGCCUGUCCUAUCGACAGUUUGGAACAACUUUGGAAAACUGAGAUUUAUUACCACGUAAACACCUAUUUUUCACCAAAUGAAACUAUGUAGAGGACUUAAUUUCGGACAGUAUGCAGAAAUCACAUUUGGGAGUAGCUGGGACGGUUUUCGAGUCCAGCGGUUGAAGAAAAGCGAUCAUCAGACGAAGUUUCUGUAGGGGAAAAAAGUUGAGUGCAACUCGUCUGUCUGAGGUUUGUGGGACGGGCCGUCUGGCUGGCUGGAUGCGUGUUUUCAGCGCCGAGGAGUUUGGAAAUUCACGAAGGAAACUAACAUAACUAUUUCAUUUGAUGGUGCAGGAUAAUAAUGUUUUGCCAGUUUAUUAAAUAACGAAUUACAGAAAACACUAUAAGAACUUUCAAAAUUAAAAUCCACAAAAACAAAUUAAACUACAAAGAAUAUCCGUUCUUUGUAGUCAGUUUAGGGGUCGUCUUCCAUUUAACUCUGAACCGUUUCUCGUUUUGGAAUCAUUCGUUAUCAUUCAUAAUUAACUGUUCAGUUGUUUUAAUUGGACGCAUCACCUCUGGAAGACAACAUGGACGCGCGACAGGGUCAGUGCGCGCCCCCGGUGGGGCAGCAGAUCGUGCACGUCCGCGGGGACUCCCAGACGGAUCUGGAGGCUCUGUUUAACUCCGUGAUGAACCCUAAAACCUCCGCCCUGCCCCCCUCCUCUCUGCCUAUGAGGAUGAGGAAACUUCCAGACUCCUUCUUCAGACAGCCGGAUCCCCGAUCACACUCCAGACAGGCCAGUUCAGAUGGGACCAUCGUUGGGUCUCUGACACCUCAUCAUGUGCGUGCCCACUCCUCUCCCGCCUCGCUCCCCAUCAAUGCCCUUUCUGCCCCAGCAACCAGUGCCAUGGCAACACAGCCGCUCCCUGACGACGUGCCCCUCCCUCCGGGCUGGGAGAUGACCAAGACUCCCUCAGGACAGUGCUACUUCCUCAAUCACCUGGACCAGACGACCACAUGGCAUGACCCCCGUCUCUCCCAUCUCCAGACCAACGCAGCGGCCCACCUGCUCUCUGCUCCCCCGCCACACACACACACCCUCGCACACCCUGCACCCAACACACACACACAGAGUAACACCAGCUCCAACACAGGCCCCCUCCCCGAGGGUUGGGAACAGGCAGUGACUCCUGAAGGAGAGGUCUACUACAUCAACCACAUCACCAAGACCACCUCCUGGUUAGACCCACACCUAGUCCAGAGUGCUGUAGCCCAGGUGAAGCCCUCAACCCUGACCUCUGACCCGGUUGGCAUUGCGACAGUGGUAACCAAGCGCAGGCAGCAGCUGCAGGUGGAGAAGGACAGGCUGAGGCGGAAACAACAGGACCUGGCCCGUCCAAUCAGAGUACAGGAUGUGGCGGUGAGGAGUGGACUGGAGCAUGAUGGGAAAAUGAGGAACAACCAUGUAGACCCCGCCCUCAACGGGGCCCAUUCCCGUAACCAGAGUACUGACAGUGGUCUGAGUGGCAGCAGCUUCACACGGACACCUGAUGACCUGCUGAACACUGUGGAACUCAUGGAUACAGGUGACUCUGGAGCAGGCCAGCCAAUGGCAUUCCUGGAGGCAGGCCCAGGGGUGUGCAUGGCUACCGAUGGGGAGGAGCUAAUGCCCAGCAUCCAGGAAGCCCUGAGCUCAGACCUCCUGAGUGACAUGGAUACUGUUCUCUGGUUAUAGAUACACACACACUAUAGACACACACACACACACACACACACUAUAGACACACACACACACUAUAGACACACACACACACUAUAGACACACACACACACACACACUAUAGACACACACACACACACACACUAUAGACACACACACCUGGCUAUAGACUCUACACAACAGUAGUACAUAAUGAACUGACUUGAUGGGUUAUAGACUACACAACAGGGAACGAGACUCAGACUCCGCCCCUCCACUUCCUCUCCUGGGUGUUACCUGUCUCCCUUGAACUUAGCUGGCCACUGAUUGGCUGGUUUCCCAGGAUGUAACCCAGUAGACACUGUGGCCCUUGACGACAGGAGAUAGAGCAAUACAUGAUGUGACACUGUGGCCCUUGACGACUGGAGAUUGGGAGAUACAUUAUGUGGUACUGAGGAAUGUGGCUAGUGUUUUCUUCCUCGAUCUCUCUCUCUCUCCUCCCCUCUCCUCUUUAUCCCUCUCUGCUUCCCCCUCUCCUCUCCCUCCUCCUUUCUCCCUCCCUCCUUCACUUUCACAGGAGAGAGAAUCUUCAGUUUGCCUUUCAUCCCUGUAUACCUCACACCUGCCUUUCCCUUCCCAUAAGUAUGUAUCUUUGUUAGUUAUGCCUACAUAUAUCAACAAACAAUCUUCUUUAUAAGUGGUACAAUUUCUCAACGUGUUGUUUAACUUGCAGGCUGCUAAAUUGUGAGGCAUGAGAGAUGAACAGAAUAUUCUUCCACAUCAGCAGUUGUAAUAGAAUUUACCAGUUAUAACAUACAUCCAGAGCUUUCAUAAAGUAUUCACACCCCUUGACUUAUUCCACAUUUUGUUGUGUUGCGAUGUGGGAUUAAAAUGCAUUUAAUAGUCAACGAUCUACACAACAUACUCAGUAAUGUCAAAGUGGAAGAUUUGAAUUUGAAAUUUGUAAGUUGGAAGUUUACAUACCCUUAGUUUGGAGUCAUUAAAACUUGUUUUUCAACCACUCCACAAAUUUCUUUUUAACAAACUAUAGUUUUGGCAAGUCUGUUAGGAGAUCUACUUUGUGCAUGACACAAGUAAUUUUUCUAACAAUUGCUUACAGACAGAUUAUUUCACUUAUAACUGUCACAAUAUAACUGUCACAAUUCUAGUGGGUCAGAAGUUUACAUACACUAAGUUGACUGUGCUUUUAAACAGCUUGGAACAUUCCUGAAAAUUAUGUCAUGGCUUUUGAAGCUUCUGAUAGGCUAAUUGACAUCAUUUGAGUCAAUUGGAGGUGUACCUGUGGAUGUAUUCCAAGGCCAACCUUCAAACUCAGUGCCUCUUUGCUUGACAUCAUGGGAAAAUUAAAAUAAAUCAGCCAAGAAAAUUGGUUCAUCCUUGGGAGCAAUUUCCAAACGCCUGAAGGUACCACAUUCAUCUGUACAAACAAUAGUACACAAGUAUAAACACCAUGGGACCACGCAGCCAUCAUAAUGCUCAGGAAGGAGACGCGUUCUGUCUCCUAGAGAUUAAUGUACUUUGGUGCAAAAUGUGCAAAUCAAUCCCAGAAUAACAGCAAAGGACCUUGUGAAGAUGCUGGAGGAAACCGGUACAAAGUAUCUAUCCACAGUAAAAUGAGUCCUAUAUCAACAUAACCUGAAAGUCCGCUCAGCAAGGAAGAACCCACUGCUCCAAAACCGCCAUAAAAAAGCCAGACUAUGGUUCCUCUGGUCUGAUGAAUCAAAAAUAGAGCUGUUUGGCCAUAAUGACCAUUGUUAUGUUUGGGGGGAAAAGGGGUAGGCUUGCACGCCGAAGAACACCAUCCCAACCGUGAAGCACGGGGGUGGCAGCAUCAUGUUGUGGAGGUGCUUUGCUGCAGGAGGGACUGGUGCACUUCACAAAACAUCAUGAGGCAGCAAAAUUAUGUGGAUAUAUUGAAGCAACAUCUCAAGACAUCAGUCAGGAAGUUAAAGCUUAGUUGCAAAUGGGUCUUCCAAAUGGACAAUGACCCCAAGCAUACUUCCAAAGUUGUGGCAAAAUGGCUUAAGGACAACAAAGUCAAGGUAUUGGAGUGGCCAUCACAAAGCCCUCACCUCAAUCCUAUAGAAAAUUUGUGGGCAGAACUGAAAAGGUGUGUGUGAGCGAGGAGGCCUACAAACCUGACUCCGUUACACCAGCAUCAUGUUAUGGGCCAAAAUUCUUAUUGUGGGAAGCUUGUGGAAGGCUCCCUGAAACGUUUGACCCAAGUUAAACUAUUUAAAGGCAAUGCUACCAAAUACUAAUUGAGUGUAUGUAAACUUCUGACCCUCUUGGAAUGUAAUGAAAGAAAUAAAAGCUGAAAUAAAUCAUUCUUUCUACUAUUAUUCUUACAUUUCACAUUCUUAAUAUAAAGUGGUGAUCCUAACAUGGAAUUGUACAGCAAGGGAAUUUUUACUAGGAUUAAAUGUCAGGAAUUGUGAAAACCUGAGUUUAAAUGUAUAUAAAGGUGUAUAAGCUUUCGACUUCAACUGUCAGUAUUCAUGUUAUAAUCAGCGAUUAGAGCUGGGAAUAUUUCUGGCUAACUAAGAGUGGUUUAAAUGAACUGGGGCGGCAGGUAGCCUAGUGGUUAGAGCAUUGGGCCAGUAACCGAAAGGUUACUGGAUCGAAUCUCCAAGCUGACAAGGUAAAAAUCUGUCGUUCUGCCCCUGAGCAUUCGUUCUCCAUGAGCCGAAGACAUGGAUGUCAAUUAAGGCAGCCCCCUGCACCUCUCUGAUUCAGAGGGGUUGGGUUAAAUGCGGAAGACACAUUUCAGUUGAAGGCAACAAAUGGAUUGUACACCUGGAUUGGAUUGUACACCUGGAUAUUUGCCCAUUUAUCCUUUGAAAGCUCUGGUUGUUGAUCAUUGCUAGACAAACCUUUUCAAGUCUUGCCAUAGAUGUUCAAGCCGAUUUAAGUCAAAACUGUUAAAUCGGCCACUCAGGAACAGCAAGACGAAUGUAGAUUUGGCCUUGUGUUUUAGGUAAUUGUCUUUCUGAAGGGUGAAUUUGUCUCCCAGUGUUUGUUGGAAAGAAAAGUUUUCCUCUAGAAUUUUGCCUGUGCUUAGCUCUUCUGUUUCAUUUACCUUAAAAAAACUCCCUAGUCCUUGCCGAUGACAAGCAUACCAAUGACAUGAUGCAGCCACCGCCAUGCUUGAAAAUAUUAAGUGCUGGAUUUACCCCAAACAUAACACUUUGUAUUCAGGACUUAAAGUUAAUUUCUUUGCCAUAUUUAUAUUUAUAGUUUUACUUUAGUGCCUUAUUGUAAACAGGAUGCAUUUUUGGAAUAUUUUUAUUCUGUACAGGCUUCCUUCUUUUCACUCUGUCAUUUAUGUUAAUAUUGUGGAGGAACUACAAUGUUGUUGAUCCAUCCUCAGUCAAGGACAUCCAUCCUCCUAUCACAGCUAUUAAACUCUAAUUGUUUUAAAGUCACCAUUGGCCUCAUGGUGAAAUCUCUGAGUGCUUUGCUCCCUCUGGCAACUGAGUUCAGAAGGACGCCUGUAUCUUUGUCGUGACUGGAUGUAUUGAUACACCAUCCAAAAUGUAAUUAAUAACUUCACCAUGCUCAAAGGGAUUUUCAAUGUCUGCUUUUUUAAAUUUUAUUUUGACCCAUCUACCAAUAGGAGCCCUUCUAUGCGAGGCAUUGGAAAACCUCCCUGGUCUUUGUGGUUGAAUCUGUGUUUGAAAUUCACUGCUCGACUGAGGGACUUUACAAAUAACUGUGUGUGAGGUACAGAGAUGGGAUAGUCAUUUACAAAUCAUGUUAAACACUAUUAUUGUACACAGAGUGAGUCCAUGCAACUUAUUUUGUGACUUGUUAAGAACAUUCUUAAUACUUAACAUAUGAAGGCUUGCCAUAACAAAAGGGUAGAAUACUUCUAGACCUUUCAGCUCUUUAUUUUGUAUUAAUUUGUAAAACAUGCUAAAUACAUAAUUCCACUUUGAUGUAAUUUGUAAAACAUGCUAAAUACAUAAUUCCACUUUGAUGUUAUGGGAUAUUGUGUGUAGACCAGUGACAAAACAUUACAUUUUAAUCCUUUCAGAAUUCAGUCUGUAAAACAAGAAAAUGUAGAGAAAGUCAAGAGGUGUCAAUACUUGUAUGUAUUUGUAUGUAGCUAUAAUAAUAGGACAGAAUGUUACAUCAGUCUGGGACAGUUAGGCUGCGUUUAAACAGGCAGCCUAGUUCUGAUACUUUAUCCACCAAUUGGUCUUUUGACCAAUCACACCUGAUGUUAUCACAGAUCUUUUUCAGAGAUGAUCUGAUUGGUCAAAAGACCAAUUAGUGAAAAAAAAAUUCUGAAAUGGGCUGCCUGUGUAAACACUGCCUUAACACACAACCCUACAGAACACACAUACACCAUGUAAAUUAAAGCAAACCUAUUAUGCAUGAUGCUAUGUGCUUUAUAAUACAGUAUUGAUGCUAUGUGUUUUAUAAUACAGUAUUGAUACUAUGUGUUUUAUAAUACAGUAUUGAUACUAGGUGUAUGGAACCCUAUUUCCUGUCUGUUGUUCUGUUUGUCUGCCUGUAGUCUGUCUGCGUGAAGGUUCUGUCUGUCUGCCUGUAGUCUGUCCAUAGUAUGUCUGUCCAUCGUAUGUUUGUCUGCCUGUAGUCUGUGUAUCACCUUAGAACAACUCAAUAAUAAGAUACUCAGAACUAUUAUUUAGUAUUUUGAUCAUGUUUAUAUAUGCAUGUGUUUUCAAAUACAGUUUAUCUUUAUAUUUGUGUAAUCAUUUUUAAACCAAGUUAUAGAAUAAACUUUGACAAUCUGU